AUGUGCCCUUUCUGCAAUCCUAAAUCUAUGAGUUGCGCACUAAAACAAGAACCAGAAUUUGUUGACUUCUUACAGGACGAUGAAACAGCACUGCAUUGUGCUGCUUCACGUGGACACGUCGAAUGUCUGCAAUCGCUGCUGGAUGCUGGAGCACCUGUGGAUGCUGCUGACCAGGUUUGUAACUUCCUUGUUUUGCUGUAG